UUCGCGCCGCCGCCGCCUUUGGACUGGGCCAGGUACUGCUGCAGCUGCCGGUUCAGGUCCGCCAUGACGGAGCGAGCUAACGGCUAACGGCUAACGACUUCUUCUGCUGGUGUACUUCCGGACGUCUGGAGCGGCCCCGCCCCCCACAGUGGAAGAGGAAGAAACAACCAAAACCACAGAGAAGGAACCAACCAGGUCGUCGUCAUGUCUUUCUCUCAGAUCACGCCCACCUUGUUCCUGGGCGGGGCCGACGCCCCCCACAAUGCAAUGCUGGUGUCUCGGAAAGGCAUCACGCUGAUCGUCAACGCCACGCUGAGCCACGCUAGCCCCGCCUACCCGGGGGUGGAGUGUGUGCGGGUUCCCGUCCCCGACCUGCCCAGCGCUCGGCUCGGCGACCACUUUGACCGCGUGGCCGAGCGUAUCCACGGCAACCGAGCGGGAGGGACACUGGUGCACUGUGCCGCUGGGAUGAGCCGAUCCCCGGCUCUGGUGAUGGCGUACCUGAUGCGCUACAGGGCGGCGACGCUGCGCCAGGCGCACCGCUGGGUGCAGGAGAGUCGACCCCACGUCAAACUGAACGCAGGCUUCUGGGAUCAGCUGCUGCGCUACGAGAGGAAACUCUACGGGAAGAACACCGUCAAGGUCGCCGCGGGUAACGACGCGUCGCCUCCACUGAUGCCCGGGACGCAGAGGGGGGCGAGGUCAGCGCCGCCUCCGCCGCCUCCACCACCGCCGAAGAGGAACUGGUUGACGUUGAUACCCAGGUUGCCCCUGACGACCCGGGUGUCACUCAGGUCGCCCCUGACGACCCGGGUGUCACUCAGGUCGCCCCUGACGACCCGGGCGUCACUCAGGUCCCCCCUGACGACCCGGGCGUCGCUUGUCGCAGGGUCACAACGGCAGUGAACCAAUCGAGAACUGAGUCGAACUGCUGCUCCCACAGACAACCUGACGCCUACAUUACCCACGAUGCAACUUCACCACUGACGGACUGCCCUCUGGUCUUCAGAAUUUUUCAUUGGAUGAUUGUCAUUUUAUUCGUAUGUUUUUCUCUUAAACUGAAGUUUGACGUUUGUCAGGUGACCUGGUUCGCAAAACUGUUAGCGUCUGUCGCUCCCAUGUUGCUGUUGCCUAGCAACAGUGUUCUCACGACCUGACCACCUGAAUGCAGGUGUACGUUGACAUCACUGGUGGGCGUGGCCAGAGUGACACUGUCACGUUUGUAGUCAAACUCAAACCAGGGACCACGUAGUGCGGACGGAGACGGAGACACGUGAUACAGUCCUGACCAAUCAGGCCUCUGUUCUCCACGUGUUCCUCUUAAAGGAACAGCUCACUGUUGUCAGACAUGACACCGGUCUGAACAGAACAGAACCGACUCAGAACAGACGUUUGCGGAUCAAGUUCACUUGUUUCUGAUCAGAGAAAGUUCCUGUGUUCAUAUUUCCAGUUGGACGAUGAGGAUGAGGAUGAGGAUGAUGAUGAUGAUGAACACGUGUUUGUUCCACUUCCUGCUCCUCCUUGUUUCUCAGCUACACUUGUCAACUACAGAAAACAUGUAAAUCCUAGAUUCUUUUAUUUUUAUUUAAAGAGAUGUAAUUGACCGAAUUCCAUUAAAAAAACUUCUUAUUAAAACACUUCAUGAAAUUUAAA